AUGUUGUUUCUCGUGCACCAGCGCGACGGCAGCUGCUCCCUCAUCAACGCUCUCUCCGGUGCCACCACCGAUCUCCCUGAGCUAGCUGCUAUCUUGCGGACUUACAACCUCCGGCAUCGAAAGCCAAACGAGCUCAGGCGCACCCCCCAUGGCCCAGACGAGCCCACGAUGGCUAUAGGAAAGGUGGUGUUAUCUUCGGCGCCGGACGAUCCCAUCGUCGCCGUCCUGCUCGAAGACAAAGUCAUCGUUUCUACAUGCAGACCGGCCGGAGAGAGCAACUCAUGCCUCGUGGUGUUGGCUUACGAGGCCGUCGACAUUGCUCUGUUUCAAGGGCAGAUCUACGCCCUCUCCACGACCCAUGUCCUCUGGAACCUCAACCUCACCAAUGGUCACCUCGACAAGCCAACGCCUCCUGGCGUCGAACCAAAAGUGCGGUGCGGUUCAGAUUUGAUAAAGAACCCGUGGUCAUGGCAACAACACGAGCAAGAUGAAGAAGACGUUUUCAAGCAAGAUGAAGAAGACCUUUUCGCUGAUCCCCUGGUCGAGCUAUAUCUAGUUGAGUCUGGCGGCAAGCUGUUGAUGGUGAAGCGAUGGCUCCGCCACCCAUGGAUGCCCUGCUUCCCGCAAGGUAGAAGAACUUUCUGCUUGCAGGUCUGGGAGGCAGACAUGAGCGAAGAAGGCCGGUGGAAGAAGUUGGACGGCAGCCUAGAAGGCCGGGCGCUCUUUGUGAGCAGGCCGUGCUCCAAGUCUUUGCCCGCCGGUCAUGGAGUUCGAGAAGACUGUAUCUACUUCCUCAAGAAACUCUAUGUGUGGAGGAAGCCCAAGGCACCUCUCGGCGACUCUGGCGUGUACAACAUUAGAGACAAGACGUUCACCCCUUUGUUGCGUGAGUCGAUGCCAUCGCUGCCGUGGAAGAGCGGACGGUUUCCAUCAUGGUUUUUUCAUGCCCAAGUUUAA